AUGGCAAACUUCUCUUCGCCGUCCACUCCCGGCCCCGGCGGCUUCAUUCCUGACCUAGGACUCCUCUCGCCGUCACCAAGCCAAGCUUCGUCUGUCCGCAGUCACACUCCAGGCCUACCGCACCCCCGUCGGAAUCCCUUGCGUCCUGGGUCUUCCAAAGAGGACCUGGUCCGGCGCUAUGUUGAGAGCCGACUGCUGUAUAUCAGCCGGCGCUUCGUCAAGAAGUACGGCAUCGCAGAACCCGACGAUGAGGUGGUUGGCUACAAGUCCAUGACAGAGCUUGGCCGCGAUGUGGACGACCUCUUGAAUGUUAUUUGGCUGUCGGGAACACCGAGCCUCCAGGCACCCUACCUGCUGAAUAUCGCAGGCGAGCUGGUCUCCUGGGUAGGCGGCUUCCAGCCUGCGCCCAGGGUCACAUUUUCAGUUCUGCAGAAGCUUGAUCACUGUUUCGCUAGCCUGCUAAGUGGUGCAGAUGUCGAGACGGGCGAACCUCUCCCCGGCUUUGAAAGAGGAUUGCACGUCGGCAUGACUCGUACCGACAUGGUGCGAUGUAGGAGCACGGCCGAACUGACACGUGUCGUGGUGGCCGAUGUAAUAAGUCGAGCAUCACCGGACCCGGCAGACGAAGCAGAGAGCCGACGUCCAGCAAUGAACACGAGGGUAGAUCCCGUCAACAACGACGACGAUUAUGAGCAACGGCAGACGGGGGACGAAGAAGGAGCACCAGACUUCCAGAACGACGAAGAUGAAGAUCUUCAUAUGGACGUUGCCAAGGUUUACGAAAUGACGCUGGUCAAACUGGGCGAGGUGCUUGGUGAUGGGGGAGGACGAAUUGGUGAGAUAUUGGCCAAGGACGACGUCGACAUUGACGAUGCCGACGAUGCCGACGAUGACAUUUGA